UUUUAAAUAAAAUGAAAACCGAUUUCAUCUGUGCAAGCGGAGGAGACCUAGCCACGGCUAGGGUAGUUUUGGUCGCGUAAUUGUUUAUGCUCGUUUUUUCCACGGCCGUUCACGACACUUGGCAGCAGGGGUCGCAAGAUGUGUAACUCGUUUCUUAAUCCUUUGGUAUCCAUGGAUUUAUCACGCAAUAUCUUCUUCGGCAGCAUGUUUCCGAUUUUGAAGUCCGGACUUCGAUUUGGCGAUUUGACAUGGAGGACAGAUGCAACACAGAUGGAAUUGAGGCGCUAGCAAACGCGUACGAGCAGUUGGGGUUGGAUGAGGAAGACGAGUUCCUCGUUGUCGUACCCACGACGCAAAGCUCUUCUAAGCACAAUUUUGACUCUGGUUGGAACUAUUACUUCAGAAAAGUCGGUACGUUUUACUCAAUUUAGAGACAUUAUGGCAUCUGUGUGGAAAUCCGAAAAGGAUGUUAAUAUGACUGAGAUCGGUCCUAGACGAUAUGUAUUUCAAUUCCAUAAUGAGGAGGAUAUAAAUAGGGUAGCAGGUGAGGGACCGUGGCGAUUUGAUCAGAACUUGAUUGUUAUGAGUAGGCUUGAAGAGGGCUAUAUCCCUAUGUUUGUCCCAUUGGACAAAGCUGAAUUUUGGGUCUAGGUUCAUGAUAUCCCAGUGGAUAUUUCUCCUUAGACAAUGUGGAACGUAUCGGGAAUUUUUUAGGGAUGUUUAUAAAAGUUGAUGAAAACAUUUUUCUGAGAAUUGGGAAUCUUUAUGAGGAUUCGGGUCUGUUGAUUUGGGGAAACCGUUGAAAAGGAAACUGUUCCUGCAAAAAGAGGAAGCAGUCAACUCCUGAGUCAGAUUUUGCUAUGAGAAACUGCCUAGUUUCUGCUUUUUGUGUGGAAUAAUAGGGCAUGUUGAGAGUCAUUGUCCACGUAAGAAGAUGGGUUAUGAGUUCACUGGCGAGAGGCCUUUCGGGCCUUGGCUUAGGGCAACAAAAGGGGUAAAACAAUGGAAGGAGAAUAAGUGGCUCGUCCCAGCAGGUAAAACAAAUAGUUCGGGUAGCCAGUCCACCAGCGGAAAUAGUGAGGAAGGCAAGCGAUCAGGUGUCUUGGAAGGCGGGCCCGCACCAAAAGAGAGAUGAAAUUUCGAGCAGAAGCACAGAAGGGUGGAGGACCCAGAGCACAUAUAUAUGAGGAAAGUUGUUUGUAGAUUAUGAUAAAAAUGAUAUGUGGAGUGUGUUUUUUAUCUAGAGAUUGUAUCAAUGUAGGACUUGGAAAAUAGAUGAGUUGUCAAUCCAGGACCUAAAAGACAAAACACAUCUUUAUAGGAACCGAACGAAUGAAAACUAUAAAUGUAGGACCUGUUUUUCA